UCGUUGCGUCCCUUCGCUGUUUUUAUUCACCUGACGAACAUGGCCGCUGAUGAUUGAAGGAUACCUCGGAUCUCUUGUGAUUUCUUAACUUGAGCAAUAAACAUGCGCCAUUUGACGAUUUCAUUGUAUAAUAUGUGAAUGAACAUCUUUAUGAAGCGAUAAAUUGGGAAGUAGCACUCUAAACCAUGCUGAAGUGGUUUUCCAAUGAAGAUGGCGCUCCUGGCCAGGGAGCGCUCGGCUCCCCCCAGGGUGGUGGUGGUGCUGGAGGAGGAGAAGAGGGCCAGGCAGCCCUGGUGGAGGUGGCGGAGCGGCUGGCCCAGACAGAGCAGCUGGUGGCCCAGCUGAAGGAGCUGAUCCGUGAGAAGGAUGGCUCGCUGCGCACCAAGGACGAGCAGCUCAAGGCAGAGAAGGAGGCGUGCGAGGCCAAGCUGUCCAAGAUGCGUCUCCAGAACAAAGCCAAGGUCACCUCCCUCAGCGCCCAGCUGGAGGAGCUGAAGAAAGGAGGUGCUGCCGGGGGUGGAGCUGGGGGCCAGGGGACUCCCACCCACAGUAAGAAGGGAGGUGCAGAGGGAAGCGAGCAGGCCAGCCGUGGGAAGAUCCUCCUCCUUAGGAAGAAGGUGGAGGAGCUGGAGCAUCAGCUGUCACAGAGAGAUGAGGAACUGGAAGUCAAGUCACGAGAGCUGGAGGCCCAGAGGCAGCGUGGUGCGGACAUGGACGCCAUGCUGGUGGAGCGAAACAGGAAGCUGUCAGAGAAGGAGGCCUACAUAGUCCACCUGCAGACUGGCAUGGCCACCGGAGAGCAGACGGCCACGCCUCCAGCCCAACCAGACACGGAGCACAUGGCGUUGCCGGAGGAGAGCGGAGCGGGCUCCCUGGCGGAGCUGCAGCUGCUGGUCCUAAGUCUGACCAGGAAGGUGGGCGAGGGUGAUGAACGUUACAGCCUGCUGCAGGAACAGACUGAGAGCCUCAAGGAGCUCCUAGUCACAGAAAAGGCCGCCUUCGAGGACAAGGAGAACAUGUACAAGCAAAACAUCCAGACGUUUAAAGACAUCAUUCUGCAGAAAGACAACAAGCUAAUGGAGGUCAACCAGAUGCAUGAGCAGGAGCUCUUCAAGUUGGCUGCCAAGUCUGACGCCAGCGCUGAUCUGGAACAGCUCCUGAAGGCUCUGAAACAGAAACUACAUGAGAAGGAGGAGGUGUUGCAGGGUAAAAACCAGGUGAUUGAUGUCUUCCAGGGGGAGGUGGACUCCAGAGACCAGCAGAUCAAGGACCUUGUGGAGCGGGCGCGGCGGCUGCAGGUGGAGCGCGAGAGCCUCGGGUCCAAGAUGGAGGCUGAGAAGCACGUGAUGCGGGCUCAGCUGCGUGACCUCUUGGAGAAGCAUCAGGGCGAGCUACGCCGUGCCGCCGAGUGUCACGAGGCCCAGCUGGCCGAGCGGGAGCAGGCACUUCGCGGGCAGCUACAGGAGGAGCUGGGAAGGACCCCUGUCGCCGAGCUUCAGACCCAAACGCAAGCAGGGAGCGGCGGGGAUUCUCCAGCCACGGCCCAGAGGAUGAACGAGCUGGAAGCACAAGCCAAGCUGAAAUCUGAGGAGGCCAGUAAAUCGGAAGCCAAGUUCCUAAAGAUAAAAGCCUGGUCAAAGUCUCGUAUUCGACAGCUGGAGGACGAGCUGAGGAAAAGCCAGUCUGGCAGAGUGGGCCCUGACGUGACCUCCCUGCGUAGCCGCGUCACGGAUCUGGAGGAGGAGCGGGAGGAGACGCUGUGGAAGCUGGAGCAGUACGACGAGAUCAAGGCCAAGAACGAUGUACUGGAGGCCAAGCUGGUGGUGUACGAGGAGCAGCAGAGGAAGAUGGCCUCCGACCUGGAGCAGGUUACCAAGAGAGCCGCCUCUCAGGCCAGCGAGUCAGGUAGCGCCGACGACGCCCAGAGCCAGGUGCUGGACUGGCAGGAGAUGGUGUCGGAGGCGGUGACAGCCAGGGACCGUGCCCGCGAGGAAAAGGCCACCAUGGCCCUGCGCAUGAGCCACAUGGAGGAGGAGAGAGAGGUGCUGGCCAGCCGGCAGCAGGAGUUGGAGGAGGAGCUGGUGCAGGCCCGGGGUCUCACAGGGCUACAUAGGGGCGGCAAGAAAAUGGGAGGCACCGCCCACCAACACAGCCUGCAGGAGGACUUUGAGUUUGAUGGCAAGCAGGCGUUCCACCAGGACCCACACAGUGGCGGAUCUGAGAGGACCACCCCGAUGGAGGAGGGGGAGAACAUGGGAGGUUGGUGGCCUGAGUACACUUCCCCCAACACAGGUGGCCUGCGGUCGGUAGUGGAGGAGUUGGAGCUGGAGAGGAACCAGCUGCAGGAACAGAUCCUAGGACUGGAGGACCGCUGUCAGGACCUUGAGGACCGGCUGCAGCUGCAGGCUCGCAUCGAGUCCCUACAGAACGAGUCGGAGAGACUACAGGGUCAGCUGGCCAGCCUUCGGAGCCAGCAGAGCAGGGAUGCAGAGAAACACCAUCUCCUGGUCACCAGCCUCAACGAGCAGCUCAAAGGACUGAGUGACACCCGAGAGUGUCUGGAAACCUCUCUUAUAGAGAAGGAGAACACAUUAGUCAAGACCUCUGAGAAACUGGAGCUCAUCGACAGCCUCCGAGAUUCUUUAAUGGAAAAGGAGGCACAGCACAACGAGGUCGCCGACAAGCUGCUUCAAUCUGAGAACCAUUUCACUGAAGUCUCCACAAAAUGCAGUACCUUUGAAAAACAGUGUUCAGAACUGAAGACAUCGGUUGCAGAUCUCACACAUAAGCUGAGUGUGCUUAAAGAGAAGACACUGAAACAAGAGGCCACAAUAAAGACUCUUCAAAAUGACCUGGAUCAGACAAAUGAUGAACUGGACAAGUUGAACACCACCCAUCUGGAAGAAAGGUCUCAGCUGAUCCACAACCUUCAAAGCUGUGAACGGGAGAUUGAUAACCUCAGAGAUGUCCUCUCAGACAAGGACAAGGAGAUCUUAGCCCUCUCGGGCAACAUGGCGGAGUACGCAGAGCAGAUCAUGGUGCUGAAGCGGGAGAUUAAGCACAAGGAGGAGGACCUGGUUCGCAUCGAGACCGCCCUCACCAAAUCGGAGCGGGAGGCACAGAUCAUCAGAGACUCUCAGAACUCGGACCAGCAGGCUCUGUACACCAAGACGGCAGAGCUGGUGGAACAGCUGAAGGAUGCAGAGACUGAGCUGAGCAAGGCCAAAGAGGAGAAGGAGUCGAGGACAGUAGAGGUGGAGGAGCUGAGGAAGCAAGUGGAAGAGGACAAGCGGACCAUCCUGGAACUUCGAGAGGAGAUCCAGCAGCACAACGUGGGCCAUCGUAAUCAUCUCUUAGAGUGCGAAACUCAGAUCUCUUCACUGAAGGAGCAUGUGACUGUUGCUUCCCAGAAACUACAGGAGUCCGAGGGUCUCGUCUCUCAGUUGAGGGAAGCAAGUACAUCCAGCAAGACACUGAAAGACCAGCUCCAGGACAGGGAGCAUACGUAUGAGAAAGAACUCAAAUCGGUCAAGGAGGAACGGAACAAGCUUAACGCAGAGGUGUCCAAACACAAUGAUGACCUUAAGACCCUGUCCAACAAGCUAGAGAAGCAGACAGAGUGUCAGGUACAGUUGAAAAAAGAUAUGCAAGAAAAACUGGAGACAAUAUCCUCUCUUGAGGAAAAACUCAGGGCCAUCCAGGAAGAGGUCGAAGUAGAGCAACAGAAAUUUAACACAGAACUGCAAGUCAGAGAUUCUGAAAAGGAGAAGUUGGCGAAAGACCUGCAGAUUAAAUUGGAAAAUAUCUCAAAUAUGAAGAAGCUCUUGAAAAACAUGAAGACUGAAAAACAACAACUGCAAGCUGACCUGAAGGAGAAGGCAGAUGAACUUAAGUCUCAAAAGCAGCUUGUAGAUGAGCUUAAUAACAAAUCUACGGCAGCUCUUGAACUUAACAGCAGUUUGAACUCUCAAAAAAAUGGCCUCACAGAGGAGAAUCAGAGGUUGCAACAGGAUGUAGCUGGAAAGCAGAAAUCCAUUUCAGAGAUGACAGAUGAAAGGGAUUCUCUGAGAAACAAAGUCUCUGACUUCGAAACACAGCAUUCAGAAAACAGAAAAGUAAUUGAAGAGCUUCUGAAAGACAAGGAGGAGCUGAGUGUUAGAGCCAAUGAACUGAACAGGGUCCUGGAGCAAAAUAAACAGUCCAUUUCCGAGAGUCUAUUUGAGAAAACAAAUGAAUGUAUUCUUCUAACUAAAACACUCAGGGAAAGGGAGGAGACAGUUGCCCGUUUACAGAUGCAAAUUGACAGUUUGAACACUCAAGUGGAGCAGUUCCAUCACAACAUUGCUGAAAAAGAGAAGUUUGUCACUGAUCAAAACUCACAAGUAGAGGCACAACAGAGCCAGCUGUCGCAACUCCAGGAAACAAUGUAUUUACUGCAGGAGCAGGAGACUGCCCUGAAAACUGGGCUCACGGAGAAAGACACCGUAUUGCAGCAGAAAUCAGAUGAGUGUAGCUCUUUACAGAAUAAACUUGGGCAGCAGAAAAAGCUUCUAUCCAAGCUACAGGGUGAGACUAAAUCACUUAAAGGACAAUGCUCACAACUGACCCAGUGUCUGAAAGAAAAAGAAGAGACCUUCAGACAAAUGACACAGGACUGUGAAAACCACAAAGAUGAGCUUAACAAGAGGAAUGAGUCAUUGAAGUCACUAAGCAGUCAGCUUGGUGUCAUGAACGAGAGCAGUGCGAAGUUGGAGUCUGAAAAUACAGAGCUGAAAACCACUCUGGAGAACCACGCAGCAGAAAACAACAAGCUGAGGCAUGAGAUUGAACAGAGGCAAGCUGAGGUGGUUGGCCUCCACAGUCACAUCCAGGCACUGAGUGAGCAAAACCAACAACUCCGAGCUGCUUAUGAGAUCAGAGAUCAGGAACUUGCCCAGCAAAUGCACGUUGCAUCUGAGCUUGAUAGAAGGGUAAAUGUGACUCUUGAGCAGAACACAAACCUGUGCUCACAACUGAGCAGUCUGACAGAGGAGAAGCAGAUACUGCAACAGGAAUUAGCUGUACAGUCGGAGUCCAUUUCUGAAUUAAGCAAGGAGAAGAACUUACUUCAAGAUAAACUUUCCAAUUUUGAAAUGCAACAUUCAGAAAACUGCAAAAUGAUUGAAGGGCUACUGAAAGACAAGAAGGAGCUCAGUGUAGCAGUAGAGGAACUCAACAAGGUCCUAGAGCAAAACAAACAGACCGUUUCAGAGAGUUUGCUGGACAAAACAAAUAAAUGUACUAAUCUCACCAAAUUGCUUAGAGAGAGUGAAGAGGCACUUGCACAUUCACAAGACCAAGUUGACAGCUUGAACACCCAACUUGAUCAACUGAACAACAGCAUAACUGAAAAAGAGAAGACUAUCAGAAAUCAAAACUCACAAUUAGAGGCCCAGCAGAGAGAGUUGUCGCAACUCCAGGAGACAUUGGCUUUAUUACAGGAGCAGGGGACCGCACUGAAAUCUGGGCUCACAGAGAAAGACACCAUGUUGCAGCAGAAAGCAGAGGAGUGGAGCUCUUUACAGAAUAAACUUAAUCAACUGCAGGGCGAGACUAAAUCACUUAAAGGACAAUGCUCACAACUGACUCAGAAUCUGGAAGAAAAAGAAGAGACCUUCAGACAAAUGAUACAUGACUGUGAAAACCACAAAGAUGAGCUGAACCAGAGGAACGAGUCAAUGAAGUCACUAAGCAGUCAGCUUGGUGUCAUAAACGAGAGCAGUGCGAAGUUGGAGUCUGAAAAUACAGAGCUGAAGACCACUCUGGAGAACCAUGCAGCAGAAAACAACAAGCUAAGGGAAGAGAUGGAACAGAGGCAAACUGAGAUAUUAGAUCUUAGGGACAACAUCCAAGCAUUGAAUGAACAGAAUGUCCGACUAAAAACCGAACUCAAAAACUCUGUCACAGAGGCAUCCAAGAAACUUGAAGAGAUUUCAGUUCUCAAGGCAGAGAUUUCUAACAGGGACAGUUAUGUGUCUAAUUUAACAAAGCAACUGACAGCAGCCUGCUCGGAUAGGGAUAGCUUAGGUUUGAAUUUGCAGCAGAGAGGUGAGUCCCUAAAACAGCAGGAGAUGUUUAUUAAGCAGUUACAAACUAAGUCAGUAGAGGGUGAGGGUCAGAUGAGCCAGGCCAUCACUGAGCUGCAGACACAAGCUCAGAGUCUUCAGAAAAGCCUUCAAGACAAAAAUGUUUCGCUGCAUGAGGCGGAGAAACAGCUGAGUCUGCUCAGAGAGAAGUUCACCUUAGAAUCUGAGGAUUUCAAAACCCAGCUGAAUUCAAGUGCGGAAACAGUGAAACAGCUUCAAGGUGAUCUGCGUAAUGCGGUGGAACAGAGUAAUCAGCUCAGUGGGAGGCUUGAAGAACAAGAGUCACAGCUUAAGCAGAAAGUUGAUGAUUAUGUGAGUUUAAGGACAUAUGUUUCAGAGCUGGAGGAUUCCACCACACAGCUCAGAGGUCAAGUUGACAGCCUGACCUCUGAGUCAUCUCUGUUAAAAGAGACCCUGAAAGAGAAAGUCAAGUUCAUCCUUGAGGCACAAAGCACCUCCUCAGCUGUUAGCGAAAGCCUAAAUUCAAAACUCAAAACCAAAGAUACAGAAUGUGAGAGCUUAAAAGAGCAGCUUUCGUACCUCCAAGAGUCCGUUUUAAAGCUCAAUACCAAAGAUGCAGAAUGUGAGAGCUUAAAAGAGCAGCUUUCACAUCUCCAAGAGUCUGUUUCAAAGCUCAAUAGUAGCCUCAGUGUCCAGUCCUCUGAAGUGGCACGACUUCAACAAGCCUUAGAGGAAAGAGGGACUGCCAUUAUGGACCAGUCAAAGGCCCUUCAGGAGCUGCAGAGAAGGGCAGAUGAAGCAGCCCUCUUCAAAACCCAGUUCAUGGAGAGCACAGAGUUGGUGUCACAACUGCAGGAUCAGAUUCAGGAACUCUCCACUAAGUCUGCAAGCCUCAGCCAGUCGGCAGAGGAGAACCAAAGUGCCUUUGUAAAUCUUCAGGAGAAGUAUGCUACUCAUUUAGAGGAGCUCCAGGAAGCUCGGACGAUGCUUUCUCAAAGGGCCGAGGAGAUGUCCAGUCUUAACAAGUCCCUCAGUGAAAGCAAUAGCACAGUUCAGGCAGCAGAAAGCACCAUAGAGGUGCUGAGGAAUGAGUCUUCCUUGCUACGUCAAGACCUUCGGCAAAUCCAAACACUGAAUGUCGACCUUUCAAAACAAAAGGAAGACGCCCUUGCUACCCAUCAAAGGAGCACCUCAACAUUCACUGUCGAAAUUGAGAGACUAAAAUCUCAGUAUUUGCAUGUGGCUGCUCAGGUAAAUGCACUGACAGAAAAUCUUGAGCAGAGAGAGAUGUCUCUUCAUGCCAUUAACAGUCAGUACACAGCCCAGGUGAAACGGGCAGAGCACGUAGUGUCAGAAAUGCAGAAACUAGAAGAGCAAAAUAAGAAGCUAAGAGAGGAGAUAGCUCUGUCAAAUCAAGAAAAUCAACAGCGGCUGGAUGCAGCAAUCAGUGAAAAAGAACGUCUGCAGCAAGAAGUUCAGAAACUCAUAAUUGAGAGAGAUGAACACGGCAAGAGCUACAGCAGCCAGAUACAAACAAUGCAGGAGCAGUUGCAUCUCCAAAAGCAGCAGCAAUCCAGCAGCAUGAACGAAGUCAUGGAGAAAAUGGUGGCUGAGAAGGAAAGACUACAGGUUGAGGAGACGAGACAGAGGGUGGAUGAGCUGCAGAGCGCCUUGCAGCAGGCACAGGCCUUCAAACUGCAGACUGAAACAGAAGUCAGCGGGUACCAGGCAGAGCUGGCUGAACUGAGGUCUGAGAGUAGCAGGCUGCAUUCUGAGUGCCAGCGUCUGGCUGGGGAGAGGAAGGAGACCAUGGCCCUGGUGGGGAAGGAUGUGUCUGAUGACCCGUCACUGACCCAGCUCCAGGCAGAGAGAACUCAGCUGCAGAGUCACCUGCAGCGCUGCCUCUAUGAGAUCCAGCAGAGAGAUCUGCACUGCCAGCAGCUCAACGCCAAGCUGCAGCAGGUGGUGGAGGAGAAAGGGGGGGUGUCGGCCCAGCUGAGGGCAGUGUCUCAGACGCUGAGAGACACCCAGAACCGCUGCUAUUGGCUGGAGAACCAGGCCCUGCCUAACCAGCACCACCAGGGCCUUGCAAAGCAGGGGGCGAUGUCUGUAGAAGUGCCUCCCGGAGCUCCCCAGGAGAGGAGCAGUGCUGUGGUAGACAUGGAAGCACUGGAGGCCGGCGAGCUCAGGACCAGGCUGGUGGAGGUGGAGCAGAGCGUGGUUCAGCUAAGUGAGAGUCUGGCUGAAGAGAGGACCAGGAGGGAAGCAGCCGAGGAAGCUCUGGGACUGGCUGAGGACAGAGCCAAGAGCGUUGACUCCAGUCCAUCCAGGACGACCCAGAGAGACUUCAGCAUCCAGCUGGAUACAGAGGAGGAGUGGGAGGCCCUCAUCCUCAACCCCAACGAACCCCUGGUCACACGCAAGCAGGUGAAAGGCGGGAUGCUGGCCUGCAGGCGCUGGCUUCGGGGGCGGAGCCUGUACUGCUCCAAGCUGCUGACAUCACGGGCCCGCUCGCGCUACCUCUUCCUUGGUUACCUGCUGAUUCUGCACGUGGCUGUCCUCAUGUGCCUCACCGGCGCCCUCUAGUGCCGUGGGGUUGAAAACAAUCACAAAUUGCAGAUAGAAAUAUAAUUUAUAGAGCAGACUGAGGCACGUUUCCUCCAUGACAAAGACGAUUUGUUCUGCGCAAUGUUUUUCUAUGUAGUUCACUUGACACUGGGGGUGUUAACAUUGCAGAUACAAAUGUCAUGUGUAGACAAGACACCAUGGCCCGUUUCCUCCACGACAAAGAGGAAUGUCUGUUCUACUCCAUUUCGAGGUAGUUAACCAUGUCUUUUCCCCCUGGAAUGUUAUUCCACCUUUUAGAAUAAGCUGCAGGGUUUUGUCUAGUAUCCAGAGUUUUCAUAAGAGUGAGGGCUUUUGGGGUGUGUCUCAAGUCUUGUGGCUUCUUCGCCUCACCUCCUUCCCUUGGUUCUCACUGGUCUGAAAAGAAAAUGGACAGCUGAAAGUGGGUCCUUUGGCUAGAUCCUACCUUCUGGUUUUCGCCCAUUUUUUUGUCAGAUCAGUGCAGACGGAGGCGAGAGGAAGAAGACUGUUAUUGACUAUUAAGACUCAGCCUUUGGAGUGUCUCAGGAGAAAGUGCCGUUUCGAUCCUGUCUGUUAUGUGUUAAAGCCUGAGACGGAACAGAAAGCCAUAUCCAUUCUACAUGAACGCUAGCCUAAGACGUGUGUGUGUGUGUGUGUGUGUGUGUGUGUGUGUGUGUGUGUGUGUGUGUGUGUGUGUGUGUGUGUGUGUGUGUGUGUGUGUGUGUGUGUGUGUGUGUGUGUGUGUGUGUGUGUGUGUGUGUGUGUUGGUGUGUGUUGGUGUGUGUGUGUCAACCUGGCACGACCAGGCCAUGGCACAAUGUUCCCUUUGGCACCCCCUGGUGUCUCCUGGGUAAUAACUGUCUCAUGGUGGCCUUGGCACAAUUCUAAGGUCUAUUCUAUAGCUGCUGCAUUCAAAGCUAUGCACUAAAACUCUCAUCAGGGGGUGUUUUUUUCCCUUCUCUCCUUCAGCAAAGAUAUUCAACAUAAUGUAGGGCCAGGAGUUUUAUCUGACCACGUGUCCUGAUAAGGAAAUACUGAUCUGGACCCUAGUAAUAGGAUCUAACUGGACCCUAGUGAUAGGAUCUAACUGGUCCCUAGUAAUAGGAUCUAACAUGCCCCUAGUAAUAGGAUCUAACUGGCCCCUAGUGAUAGGAUCUAACUGGCCCCUAGUAAUAGGAUCUAACUGGCCCCUAGUAAUAGGAUCUAUCUGGCCCCUAGUAAUAGGAUCUAUCUGCCCCUAGUAAUAGGAUCUAUCUGCCCCCUAGUAAUAGGAUCUAACUGGCCCCUAGUAAUAGGAUCUAACUGGCCCCUAGUAAUAGGAUCUAACUGGCCCCUAGUAAUAGGAUCUAACUGGCCCCUAGUAAUAUGAUCUAUCUGGCCCCUAGUAAUGUGAUCUAACUGGCCCCUAGUAAUGUGAUCUAACUGGCCCCUAGUAAUGUGAUCUAACUGGCCCCUAGUAAUGUGAUCUAACUGGCCCCUAGUAACGUGAUCUAACUGGCCCCUAGUAACGUGAUCUAACUGGCCCCUAGUAAUAGGAUCUAACUGGCCCCUAGUAAUAGGAUCUAACUGGCCCCUAGUAAUAGGAUCUAACUGGCCCCUAGUAAUAGGAUCUAACUGGCCCCUAGUAAUAGGAUCUAACUGGACCCUAGUAAUAGGAUCUAACUGGACCCUAGUAAUAGGCUCUAUCUGCACCCUAGUAAUAGGAUCUAACUGGACCCUAGUAAUAGGAUCUAACUGGACCCUAGUAAUAGGAUCUAACUGGACCCUAGUAAUAGGAUCUAACUGGACCCUAGUAAUAGGAUCUAACUGGACCCUAGUAAUAGGAUCUAACUGGACCCUAGUAAUAGGAUCUUACUGGACCCUAGUAAUAGGAUCUUACUGGACCCUAGUAAUAGGAUCUAACUGGAACCUAGUAAUAGGACCUAUCUGCACCCUAGUAAUAGGAUCUAACUGGCCCCUAGUAAUAGGAUCUAACUGGCCCCUAGUAAUAGGAUCUAUCUGGACCCUAGUAAUAGGAUCUAUCUGGACCCUAGUAAUAGGAUCUAACUGGAACCUAGUAAUAGGACCUAUCUGCACCCUAGUAAUAGGAUCUAACUGGCCCCUAGUAAUAGGAUCUAACUGGCCCCUAGUAAUAGGAUCUAACUGGCCCCUAGUAAUAGGAUCUAACUGGCCCCUAGUAAUAGGAUCUAACUGGCCCCUAGUAAUUGGAUCUAUCUGGAACCUAAAGGUUUUACCUUGUCAGAUCACAUGGUCUGAAGAAUAUCCUUCUACCCCGUUUGUGAGCAUGUACCCUGGUAAGUGUGUAAGUAAGACGUUGUAUUUAAGGGUGGAGUGUAAAAGGGUGCAAGUGUGCACCCUUGAAAGUCUACUGUGUGUAUUUAUGUAUCUGUAUUUGUUGCUCUGUGCCCCCCAAUGCUCUGUUGUUCACUGUACAUUUCUACUUCAUCUGUUGAUUGAUUACAUGCUGAUUUAAUCACUUGAUUGAUAGUGCAGGUUGGCAAUUCACAAAGCAGGAGACAAUAUGUCAGCCAUCUUACUUUGAGACAGUUUGGGAUAUAAUUCGUAUUUCUCUGGUUCGUAUCUCAUCUGUUUCAAGUUUAGCAUGGGAAGUACUGAGAGAAUGUCAUACUUCUAACAAGUGUGUUUUACCUCUCUGCACUAGGAAAUAUGAAGCCUGACUGACAAGCUGUUUGUUUGUGCCAUCAUGCCAACUCUUUCACACUCAUUGUUAUACCAAACACGUUUGGCUUGACAAUGAGCAAUGGAGUUGGCCAGAACACAAACAGAUUUGGGACCAGGAUAGGAAAUCUGGUGUUUCAGAAUACUUACGGUAGUUAGCCAGCUGAGCUAAAAACAUUGCUCCUGCUUUGUGGGAUACCACCAUAGAGAAUGAUAGAGGCCUCUAGUGGCCAAAAGGCUGUAUUAGCAUGGGUAGCGCCAUUGAGGGCUUCCACCAUUUUAAUGUAGUCAACUGGGUAGACUUCCGACUUCAUUGGCUGAUCCCUCCUGGUAACCCUGUUGGAGUCAUGUCCAACCGGGUCAUUAGGAGGGAUCAGCUAAUCGUGAAGAAGAAUAUUGACUACUUCAAUGGCACUGCCCAUGCUGUCAGACGCUGUAAUGGCACAGAUACAAAGAUAAUGGAUACCACCCUGUUCUAACGUUGGUGUUAUGGUACCGUGGUCCUGAUGGUCUGUAUAGAUGAGUCCUCUAUCUAUCUCUAUGGAUACCACCCUGUUCUAACGUUGGUGGUGUGGUACCGUGGUCCUGAUGGUCUGUAUAGAUGAGUCCUCUAUCUAUCUCUAUGGAUACCACCCUGUUCUAACGGUGGUGUUAUGGUACCGUGGUCCUGAUGGUCUGUAUAGAUGAGUCCUCUAUCUAUCUCUAUGGAUACCACCCUGUUCUAACGGUGGUGUUAUGGUACCGUGGUCCUGAUGGUCUGUAUAGAUGAGUCCUCUAUCUAUCUCUAUGGAUACCACCCUGUUCUAACGUUGGUGUUAUGGUACCGUGGCCCUGAUGGUCUGUAUAGAUGAGUCCUCUAUCUAUCUCUAUGGAUACCACCCUGUUCUAACGUUGGUGUUAUGGUACCGUGGCCCUGAUGGUCUGUAUAGAUGAGUCCUCUAUCUAUCUCUAUGGAUACCACCCUGUUCUAACGUUGGUGUUAUGGUACCGUGGUCCUGAUGGUCUGUAUAGAUGAGUCCUCUAUCUAUCUCUAUGGAUACCACCCUGUUCUAACGUUGGUGUUGUGGUCCUGAUGGUCUGUAUAGAUGAGUCCUCUAUCUAUCUCUAUGGAUACCACCCUGUUCUAACGUUGGUGUUAUGGUACCGUGGUCCUGAUGGUCUGUAUAGAUGAGUCCUCUAUCUAUCUCUAUGGAUACCACCCUGUUCUAACGUUGGUGUUGUGGUCCUGAUGGUCUGUAUAUAUGGUGUGAUUGAGGAAAAGAUGACAAAAUACAUCUAUUUAUAAGAGGAAAUGCUACUGAGUGAAACCGAAUUGUCAUAUUUUCUAAAUAGGCUCUAUUUUUUAGAAGUCAAAUCGUUUGGACAGCAAUACUAUCCUAUCCAGGCAUUAAUGGGUUCAAUACCUUGAGGUUGACUUUCACCAAGAAAGGAAUUUUAAUAAAUCUGUUUGAAAAACACGA